GCCUCCUUUCACUUCUCACCUUUAUCGACAACACCAACAAUGGCGGCUGCUGCCUCACCAUCUCCAUGUUUCUCCAAAACCCUACCUCCAUCUUCCUCCAAAUCCUCCACCAAUUUUCCUAGAUCUACCUUCCCUUUCCAUAAUCACCCUCAAAAAGCCUCACCCCUUCAUCUCACCCACACCCAACAUCAUCGUCGUGGUUUCGCCGUCUCCAAUGUCGUCAUAUCCACUACCACCCAUAACGACGUUUCUGAACCUGAAACAUUCGUUUCCCGUUUCGCCCCUGACGAACCCAGAAAGGGUUGUGAUGUUCUUGUGGAGGCACUUGAAAGGGAAGGAGUUACGGAUGUAUUUGCGUACCCAGGAGGUGCUUCUAUGGAGAUUCAUCAGGCUUUGACACGUUCGAAUAUUAUUCGUAAUGUGCUGCCACGUCAUGAGCAAGGUGGUGUGUUUGCUGCAGAGGGUUACGCACGGGCUACUGGGUUCCCUGGUGUUUGCAUUGCUACCUCUGGUCCGGGAGCUACGAAUCUUGUUAGUGGUCUUGCGGAUGCUUUGUUGGAUAGUAUUCCGAUUGUUGCUAUUACGGGUCAAGUGCCGAGAAGGAUGAUUGGUACUGAUGCGUUUCAGGAAACGCCUAUUGUUGAGGUAACGAGAUCUAUUACGAAGCAUAAUUAUCUUGUUAUGGAUGUAGAGGAUAUUCCUAGGGUUGUUCGUGAAGCGUUUUUUUUAGCGAAAUCGGGACGGCCUGGGCCGGUUUUGAUUGAUGUACCUAAGGAUAUUCAGCAACAAUUGGUGAUACCUAAUUGGGAUCAGCCAAUGAGGUUGCCUGGUUACAUGUCUAGGUUACCUAAAUUGCCUAAUGAGAUGCUUUUGGAACAAAUUGUUAGGCUGAUUUCGGAGUCGAAGAAGCCUGUUUUGUAUGUGGGUGGUGGGUGUUCGCAAUCAAGUGAGGAGCUGAGACGAUUUGUGGAGCUUACGGGUAUUCCUGUGGCGAGUACUUUGAUGGGUCUUGGAGCUUUUCCAACUGGGGAUGAGCUUUCCCUUCAAAUGUUGGGUAUGCACGGGACUGUGUAUGCUAAUUAUGCUGUGGAUGGUAGUGAUUUGUUGCUUGCAUUUGGGGUGAGGUUUGAUGAUCGAGUUACUGGUAAAUUGGAAGCUUUUGCUAGCCGAGCGAAAAUUGUCCACAUUGAUAUUGAUUCGGCUGAGAUAGGAAAGAACAAACAACCUCAUGUUUCCAUUUGUGCAGAUAUCAAGUUGGCAUUACAGGGUUUGAAUUCCAUAUUGGAGGGUAAAGAAGGUAAGCUGAAGUUGGACUUUUCUGCUUGGAGACAGGAGUUAACGGAGCAGAAGGUGAAGUACCCAUUGAGUUUUAAGACUUUUGGUGAAGCCAUCCCUCCACAAUAUGCUAUUCAGGUUCUUGAUGAGUUAACUAACGGAAAUGCCAUUAUUAGUACUGGUGUGGGGCAACACCAAAUGUGGGCUGCCCAAUACUAUAAGUACAAAAAGCCACGCCAAUGGUUGACAUCUGGUGGAUUAGGAGCAAUGGGAUUUGGUUUGCCUGCUGCAAUAGGUGCAGCUGUUGGAAGACCGGGUGAGAUUGUGGUUGACAUUGAUGGUGACGGGAGUUUUAUCAUGAAUGUGCAGGAGUUAGCAACAAUUAAGGUGGAGAAUCUCCCAGUUAAGAUUAUGUUGCUGAAUAAUCAACACUUGGGAAUGGUGGUUCAAUGGGAGGAUCGAUUCUAUAAGGCUAACAGAGCACACACUUACUUGGGUGAUCCUGCUAACGAGGAAGAGAUCUUCCCUAAUAUGUUGAAAUUCGCAGAGGCUUGUGGCGUACCUGCUGCAAGAGUGUCACACAGGGAUGAUCUUAGAGCUGCCAUUCAAAAGAUGUUAGACACUCCUGGGCCAUACUUGUUGGAUGUGAUUGUACCUCAUCAGGAGCAUGUUCUACCUAUGAUUCCCAGCGGCGGUGCUUUCAAAGAUGUGAUCACAGAGGGUGAUGGGAGACGUUCCUAUUGACUUUGAGAAAACUACAUAACUAGUUCUAGGCAUUGUAUUAUCUAAAAUAAACUUCUAUUAAGCCAAAAGUGUUCUAUCUGUCUAGUUUGCCAUUGGUCUUUGGCGUGGCUUUGCUUGUUGUGGCUGUUGUAUUACACUACUUGGUAUUUAUGUUUACUUAAAGUUUUGCAUCA